CCUCAUUGCACUUCACGACAACUCCGCAUCUCGUCGUGAAUGACACCGAAUACUUGAGUCGACGACUUGAUUCCCAAAUCAUGGGCUCAAGUGCCAAGAAAAAGAAGGAGAAGAAGAAGGACUUUCAAAAACCCAAACUGAAGGUGGGCAAGGCGAGACCCAAAGCUGCCAACACCACAGACACCAGUUUUCGUUCAAAAUCGAUUGUCUUGUCUCAACAACUUGACGUGAAUGCCCCCGCGGAGUCAACCAAGUUUCAACACCAGCUUUCUCUUGUUUCAUCUCGCUCUGAUACCCAACGCAAAGACUCUUUAGCCUAUUUAACAGCAUACAUCACUGCUUCUCGCCCUGGUUCCACCCUGCCAGUAUCGGCAAACGCCCUUCUCACCGCAACAUGCCCCCUCAUCCUUGACGCCUCCUCUGGCGUUCGCAACCAGUUGUUGAAACUGUUCCAAAGUCUUUCCUCGGAAGAUAUUGGCGAUCAUGUCUCCAAGCUACUCCCAUACAUGCGAGCCGGCAUGACCCAUCUGUCAAAAGACAUUCGCCUUUCCGCCAUUGAUUUUUUGUCCUACGUGAUCAAAGUCGCCGGCAUCGAGCUGGUAUCUUGUGCAGGAGGUUGGUCUCAGACUCUGGAAUGCUUUUUGACAGUUCUCGGCUGGAGAUCCGCAGAUUCAACAAAGUGGUCCUCUACCAAGACUUCUUUUGGAGGAGACAUCAAAUCUACUGCCAGGAUCAUGCAAGUCCUCGCCGAUUUUCUACGCCAAGGGCUUCAUGAAGAUCCAACAAGCUCGGACAUUGACUUGAUUACUUUCGGAUUUCCACUUUGGGAUAUUACAGCAAUGUCGAUACCGACAAAAUCAAAUCCCUAUGCCCAGCUCAAUCUAUUUGGACCACCCACCGAUCCCGGUCAUCAAAUGCUCGAAGGUCAGGACGAUAGGUCAGAACUCUUUUCAAGAUCCUAUCACGAUAUUAUAUGGGCUGGAAUCGAUGCAGCCAAAAAGGAGGGCGGCGAACUGGGCCGAGCCUCUGGAUUGCUCAUCAAGACACUUGAACCCCUGCAACUUUCGGCCGGCGCUUGAGCGAAGAAGCAAGUCAGAUCUUCAUCAACCAUCCAACCCUGGGAAGGAACAAAGUUUCAAUGAGUUGCUCAAUAAUUGGAACAAAUCUUUAUCUCUACGAGGCUACGAAGCAACAACGAUGGGGGGUUCUGAGCAGCGACAGCCAAUUGCAUUCACAGCAAAUGCUACCCUGACAGUGAUCUGCCCAAGCUGUCGUUGCCUGUGUCGCCCUCAUAUGCGUCGUUUGCGUCCACGGCCAAACCUUCGAUGGCAUGAUUUGAGUGGGCUUUUGUUGCCUUUCCCCCUCCUGUGGUCUGAUUGCACAUAUACCACCCGCAUCAUCCAUGUAUGCCUCUUGCAUUCAUAGAAAGACGAGCAAACUUGCCAUUGGAGGCCCUGAAAUACUCGGUCCUUGCCCCAAUCAGGUAUGUAUGCGUCUCCAUGACGAGGACGGAUUAGGCAGUGUCGAUGAUCCAUUUUCUCAAAAACUCCGCCUGGGUCCCAGCAUUUCUUUCGAAAAAGGACCCAGUGUACGCGUCGAAAUGGCCUGCAGGUAGCAGUUGCAAUUGCUUGGGCUCUCUGGCGCGGGCAUACGCAGCCAAUGCCAGGUCUGCUGGCGUGAGGACAUCGUCUCUAGCAACAGUCAUGAGCAACGGCGUGGGUGAAAUCCUUUCAAUCAGUUGCUGUGGCUCAUAACCUCGGAAGAGUUCAAUACUUGACGGUGCUUUAGCUUUCGAAAGGGGAACAAGAUGCAUUAAUAAACUCACGUCCUAACAGUGAUCUUGUUCUCCCAUUUAGACUUGGCUUCCCAGGAGGAAAAGAACUGAUGGCUGUCGGGAGUCGGCAAAGCAGAUGGCUUCAAGGGAUCGGCAUCGACCACAGGUACAAAUCCCGGGUCUUUGCCUUGUGAUCUUGCAAUCCGGUCUGGUUGUGAUCAGCCGCGGUGAUGUGGGGAGGGAGUUGACCGGGAGAAAAGGGAUAAAUGCCACCACAUACCUGCGGCGAAGAUGGCAUUGAAGCCAACCUCAAAAUCAGGCCUAACCAAGCGAUGGAAAUUCUCCCAGCCGCUGACCAAUGGAGCCUGGCUCAAUACCGCCUUGACCCUCCUAUCAACCGCGCCGACAUAUAAAACGUGGCCGCCGCUGUAGGAUGAGCCCCAAAUAGCAAUACGGUCAGGGUCAACCUCGGGUCUCUGCGAGACAUAUGUAAUGGCAUCCGAGUAAUCGGAGAUCUGCAGAGCCGGCACAAUUUCCAGACGAGGCUCGCCAUCCUUCUGGUCACUGUCUCCAAAGCCACGAUUGUCGUAGACCAAAGCGGCAAUGGGCAGUUUCGAAACGAAAUACUCGGCAAAUGCAUCGAGGUCGAACUCCUUGAGAGCGCUGAACCCAUGGGCGAGCACUAUGGCAGGUAGUUUGACUCCGUCAUGGCCUUCAGGGGUGUAGAACCAGCCACGUAGAGUGACAUGGUCUGAAGUUUUGAACUCGAUAUCUUGUCGUGGCAUGGCUGUUGAUGCUGGACGAAAGAUCAAUCAAUUCAGGAACACGAUUUCCUCUGUCACGAGUGCUAACUUCUGAACAAGUAUGUAGCGGGAUAAUCAAG